GUAGCAUCUCGUUCGCGAGGACCCGCCUGUGUGGUAUUACUCCGUCGGCCAACUGCUCCGACAACUUCCUCUCCACAUCGACACCAUCGUCGCACAUCGCUCACAAUGUCGCGCGCGAAUCCCCCCAACGCUUCGGGCUCCCGAAAGAUCUCGUUCAACGUAAGCGAGCAAUAUGACAUUCAGGAUGUCGUUGGCGAGGGUGCAUACGGAGUCGUCUGCUCGGCGAUACACAAGCCUUCUGGCCAAAAGGUAGCCAUCAAGAAGAUCACACCUUUCGACCACUCCAUGUUCUGUCUGAGAACUUUGCGUGAGAUGAAGCUUCUGAGAUACUUCAAUCAUGAGAACAUCAUCUCUAUCCUCGACAUCCAGAAGCCCCGGAGCUAUGAGACGUUCAAUGAGGUUUACCUCAUCCAAGAACUCAUGGAGACGGACAUGCACCGUGUCAUUCGAACCCAAGACCUGUCCGACGACCAUUGCCAAUACUUCAUCUACCAAACUCUCCGCGCUCUCAAGGCAAUGCAUUCGGCCAAUGUCCUCCACCGUGAUUUGAAGCCCUCCAACUUGCUUCUGAACGCCAACUGCGAUCUGAAAGUCUGUGACUUCGGUCUGGCGCGUUCCGCUGCAUCCCAGGAGGACAACUCGGGUUUCAUGACGGAAUACGUGGCGACCCGUUGGUACCGUGCUCCUGAGAUCAUGUUGACAUUCAAGGAGUACACGAAAGCCAUUGAUGUAUGGUCGGUUGGCUGUAUUCUGGCUGAGAUGCUGAGCGGAAAGCCUCUAUUCCCUGGCAAGGACUACCACCACCAGCUCACUUUGAUUUUGGAUGUUCUGGGCACCCCGACGAUGGAGGACUACUAUGGUAUCAAAUCCCGCCGCGCGAGAGAGUACAUCCGCUCGCUUCCCUUCAAGAAGAAGGUUCCGUUCCGCACCCUGUUCCCCAAGACGUCCGACUUGGCUCUCGACCUCCUCGAGAAGCUCCUCGCUUUCAACCCUGUCAAGCGUAUUACGGUGGAGGACGCCCUUAAGCACCCUUAUCUUGAGCCGUACCACGACCCGGAUGAUGAACCUACUGCGCCACCUAUCCCCGAGGAGUUCUUCGACUUCGACAAGCACAAGGACAACCUGAGCAAAGAGCAGCUGAAGCAAUUGAUCUACCAGGAGAUCAUGCGAGGCAAAAACGAUCCACAGCAGGAGCAUGAUGUGGGCCAAAGAGACAUGAUCCGGCGGGACGAUGAGAAUGAGAAAAGCUCAGCGCAGUUGCUGACUCUGGGGUUGGAGGAAAUGACCAUAGACAAACCAUGCAGGACGGAUAGGGGAGUUAAGACCGUGAGACCCGUGGUGGUCGAAAGACCCAAAGGAACAUAUGUGAGGCGAGUCGGAUUCGACUAG